CGCGCCGGGCGGGGCAGGGCAGGGCACGGCGCUCAUCACCACAGCGCUGCGCCGAGGCGGCGGCUGUUGCGGCGGCGCGGCGGGUGGGUAGCGGCGGGCGACUCCUCCUCCUUCUCGCCCGGCGCAGCAUGGCGGUCAAGGUGCAAUCAGCCAAAAGAGCAGAUCCUGCUGAACUACGAAAUAUUUUUUUGCAGUAUGCCAGUGUCGAGAAAGAUGGUGAGCAUUACAUGACCCCAGAAGAUUUUGUGCAGAAAUACCUAGGACUUCAUACAGAUCCACGUUACAAUCCUAAAACAGUACAGCUGUUGGCUGGAGUGGCAGAUCAAACAAAGGAUGGGUUGAUUUCCUAUCAAGAAUUUUUGGCAUUUGAAUCUGUUCUGUGUACUCCAGAUGCAAUAUUCAUUGUUGCUUUUCAGUUAUUUGACAAGAGUGGCAAUGGAGAAGUAACAUUUGCAAAUGUCAAAGAAAUAUUUGAACAAACUAUUAUUCAUCUUCAAAUCCCCUUCAACUGGGACUGUGAGUUCAUUCGACUGCAUUUUGGACAUAACAGGAAGAAGCAUCUUAACUAUUCAGAGUUCACUCAGUUUCUUCAGGAGCUGCAGUCAGAACAUGCAAGACAAGCCUUUGCAUUGAAGGACAAAAAUAAAAGUGGUAUGAUAACUGGCCUGGACUUCAAUGACAUCAUGGUUACCCUUCGCUCGCAUAUGCUGACUCCAUUUGUGGAAGAAAAUUUAGUUUCAGUAGCUGGUGGAACUGUUUCACAUCAGGUCAGCUUCUCCUAUUUCAAUGCAUUUAAUGGCCUUUUGAAUAACAUGGAUCUUGUUAGGAAGAUAUACAGUAACAUAGCAGGUACAAGAAAAGAUGUUGAAGUCACAAAAGAGGAAUUUACCCACUCUGCAAUCCGAUUUGGACAAGUUACACCACUGGAAAUAGAUAUUCUCUACCAACUUGCAGAUUUAUACAGUGUUACUGGGCGCCUAACUUUGGCAGAUAUUGAGAGAAUAGCACCACUGGCUGAAGGGGCGUUGCCUUACAACUUGGCAGAACUCCAGAGGCAGCAAUCUUUUGGAGAGUUAGGCAGGCCUAUCUGGCUCCAGGUAGCUGAGUCAGCUUACAGGUUCACUUUGGGCUCAAUUGCUGGAGCUGUUGGUGCUACUGCAGUAUAUCCCAUAGACCUGGUGAAAACUCGUAUGCAGAAUCAGCGCUCCUCUGGUUCAGUUGUAGGAGAGUUGAUGUAUAAAAACAGCUUUGACUGCUUUAAAAAGGUUUUGCGUUUUGAAGGCUUUUUUGGUCUUUACAGAGGCUUGUUACCACAGCUGAUAGGUGUUGCUCCAGAAAAGGCUAUUAAGCUAACUGUUAAUGACUUUGUCAGAGACAAAUUUACUAAGAAAGAUGGUUCCAUUCCACUCCCUGCGGAGGUCCUUGCUGGAGGCUGUGCAGGAGCUUCCCAGGUCAUCUUCACUAAUCCACUGGAGAUUGUAAAGAUUCGUUUGCAGGUAGCAGGAGAAAUUACUACAGGACCCAGAGUCAGUGCCCUCUCUGUCAUAAAAGAUUUAGGCCUUCUUGGUCUUUAUAAGGGUGCCAAAGCAUGUUUCCUCAGAGACAUUCCCUUUUCUGCAAUCUACUUUCCUGUUUAUGCUCAUAGUAAACUGAUGCUUGCUGAUGAAAAUGGCCAUGUGGGAGGGCUUAAUCUUCUUGCAGCUGGAGCCAUUGCAGGUGUGCCUGCUGCUUCUUUGGUAACCCCUGCUGAUGUCAUCAAGACAAGACUGCAAGUGGCAGCUCGCGCUGGUCAGACAACAUACAGUGGAGUUAUUGACUGCUUUGGAAAGAUUCUAAGGGAAGAAGGCCCUUCGGCUUUCUGGAAGGGAGCUGGAGCUCGUGUGUUCAGAUCUUCGCCCCAGUUUGGUGUUACUUUGGUCACUUACGAACUUCUGCAGAGAUGGUUUUAUGUCGAUUUUGGAGGCCUCAAACCUUCUGGAUCAGAACCUACCCCAAAAACUCGAAUUUCAGAUCUUCCUCCUGUUAACCCUGAGCACAUUGGUGGAUACAGACUUGCUACAGCUACAUUUGCUGGUAUAGAAAAUAAAUUUGGUUUAUAUCUUCCAAAGUUUCGAUCUCCUGGCAUUGCCUCAGCUCAGCCAAAAACUAGCAGCUGAAUCCCCAGAAGAUGAU